CCGCCCCCUACACACUAUCCCUACACACUACCCCUCCGUUUGCGCGUUCCAGCGGAGGGUCCUCCAUAUUAAGGGCCGUCCCAAACCGCGUAGUGUGGAGGGAGAGUGGACUGUUCAGCCCUUAAAUAGCGAGUCUGCAUCGAUGCUCACUCUGGACAACUUUUUCAGGAAGUGCAACGUCAAAAAGGAGGAUGAAACAAACAUAUUGAUGUGAGUUCCACAUGCGUCCUUUAUUUCUCCCACGCCUUUUUCACACUGACAGAACAUCACAAAAAGAGUGGUGUAUAAAGAUAAAUCAAAAGAAACAAAUCUUCUUCUCUGCUGACGUUUGAUUUAAUUGUGCACCCCCUGACACCUUAAAAUUUGAACACAACUGACAGAAUUCAUUUAUUCAUUUGUUGGAUUUGAAAUGCCAGAUAAUAGGAUUGGAAAACAUGUGAGUGAAAAAAAGUGGGAUGCUUUUGUCUUCUGGAAGCAGCAGCGAUCCUUGUUAGUUGCAACCUGUGCCACAGCGCUACAGUCAUGACAGUAGGCGUCUUUGUGUUACCAUGGCAAUGACGUCUUCCGUUUUCCGGUGAGACGACAGGGCGUCCCAUUCCUGACGAUCGUAUUUAUACCCUCCCCCUUCAAUAAUAGGUGCCCUCCACAGCUGCGAGUGUGACUUCUUUUGGAGUGACACUCGGUAGUGGAGGGGGAGUGUGUAGGGGGCGGUUUGGGAUUCAGCCAGCCUCUAUAUACAGUCGGUUCAAGAUGGCGGCGCUGUAAGCACGUCUCUCGACAGCCUAUGAGGCGUCUAUGUAUAUAUGUCUAUGGUCGAUGCGACGUCUACUCUUUAUAUAUGUCUAUGACAACAACAACAACUUCAGUCAAAAGAACGAAAGAAAGAAAGAACAACUUCAGUCCUCCAGUCCACACUGCUGUCAGGCUGCUUUGCCAACCGUUAAUAAAAUCAAGGAAGAAGAAGCUGCAACUAGGUCACAUCCGCCGAUCGUGAAUUUUGAGUCCGUCAGGCGCGAACAAUCAACAUUUACUUAAACGAACAACUCGGUUUUUUUUUGAUGUGCACGACGGCGGACAGUGGAGAAAUAAUCAUCCUCAGUGAUGAUGAUGAUGAUGAUGAUGGCAAAGACUGUGAAAAUGACUUAUCCUGCCUUAUUGUGGAGGUGGAGGAUGUGAAAAAGACAGACUGUGUGUCGGCUUCUGCUGCUCUGGAUGAAGACCUGGUUGUCACUUUCUUCCGCCCUGCUGAGGUGCUGCCUCAUGCACGCUACGACUGCCCCAUACACCCUUUCACGACUACAGAUUGUGAGACAGGUGUUCCAGUGCCUGGUAACCAGCUGUUUUGUGAUCAGUGCUUCUGUUACAUCUGUGAUAAGCUGGCAUCAUCGUGUGUAAUGUGGUGCCACAGUGAAAUGUGUCACUGCAACGGCCACAAGAACAGCCCCUUCUGGCACAACCUCCGAAACACUGCACUGCUAGGAGGACUGAAGCCUUUUAACCUCUCGCUGUCAGAAAUAGACUCUCAUCUCCGAUGUGCAGAAACGAUGCUGCAGAACUUCAGACAAGAGCUCUCUGAACGGUUCUCAUCCUAUGCGAAGGGACAGACGCUACAGGAAAUUGGUCUGCCCUUACUGAACAUGCAAGGCCUUGUCCACAAUUACACACCUGUGUACGAGUUUGUGUCAUUGUUCCUGAACAAAGCAGAUCAACAAGAUGGCAGAGCUGCAGCCAUCUUGAACCUGGGAGCGGCACGAGAGUUUGUGACACAUUUCCAAGUCCAAGGAGCUUUCGUUGUACAGACACCCAUGAAUAAUGCUGCUGAAGCGAAAGUGCUCUUAAUGCAGAGGGUUAUAGCGUCGGUGCAGAGACAGAUGGUGAUGGCUGAUUUUUCUGCCGAGUUUGUCCACAAACUGCAGGAUUUUUACAAGAAUUUAUAUUUCCCUGCCGUGCUCAGGAGCAUGAGGAACAGCCUCUGUGUUCGUCCCUGGGAUGACGUCCUGCUUGUGUCAGUGCUGAAGGGCCAGAAUGUGUCGGGCGUUCGUAAGGAUAAAGGCAAGAAGGACAUUCUGAUCGAACAGAUUUCUGUGGUUCUCCUGAGGACAGAACUGCUGCAGCGUCAGUGCAGGUACAGAGAGCUCUGUCGAUAUCUACGAGUCGUGCAGACUGAUGAUUCCAGCAUCUUCCAGGAACUACAAGACCUCAUCCCUUUCUUUAUGUGCAUGCAUGGAGACUUCACAUCGGCUCUGACCAGUUUGUUCCCUUCAGUGAACGCUCCUGCCUCCAGUCUCUCUCCGCGUAGCUUCCUCUUUUAUCUCCACAUCUUUGAAACAGCGACAGCACCAAAGCUCAUGGUCUUUCGGCCGGCACAGCUCGGCUGUUCUGCCGCAAAGUGGGAGCUAAUUGAAAGUGCUGUGCCACUGAAGCGUGCCGAGCUGGUGAAGUUUGCUCUCAGGGCUCAGAGAUGCUGCUGUGCUGUCUACACUGAUGACAAUGUGUGGGCUUUCACUUGGCUGUAUGUCAGUCUGUCCUCCAGUGAAGAACGUCUCCGAUCCUUUAUUCAGGAGAUCACACGGGAGAUGGAAAACACAGCAGACCGGGAUAGUUUCUUACCUGUCGUUCCCACUCCACCUGCUGGGACCAACAAUCCACUGGCUGUUGAGCUGAACACCCUCAUACAGAAUCAACUGGCUGAUCCUGUGCAACAUUAUUAGCACCAUUUGCCCCAAAAAUGUCAGAACUGGUGUCCUGGCAGAACUGUGGACGUUCUGAAACAGACCUGCCUGCAGUCAUCAUGUGUAUUCCAAACACAUCCUCGUUAGUAUGCAGCAUUUAUUAACGGGAUGCUUUCCGUUGCUUCACUUCUGAGAGGUUGAUUUCUCAACUGUGGGAUUUUCUUGAACACUGCUUAUUUUGUCUGAAAAUACUGUACUUUUAUUCCAAGUGUUCAUAAGAGGGACUUGAGAAAUAAACAGAAAAUUUCACUUCCUUAACUGCUGUGGCCAAGUUAUAGAAACACUAAAACGGCAAUUUCCUGCUGAAUUAUUGCUCAGACUGCAAAUUUAAAAUCUAACUUUCCAGAGUAAUUAUGUGGAUUCUAAUUAAUAACAUAACAAAAAAACAUUGUCCAAAAGGAGAUUGCUGCUCUGCCAUUUGUCUGAAGUUUAAAAGCAAAGUCACGUAGGAACCUGUUAUUUUAGAUUUUAAAUUGUUGAUGGUGAUUGAGUCGACAAGGACAUUGAGAAGGAAGAAAAACUGCUUAUUUUCUCUUGGAGUUUAAGCGGUGUUGAGAUUCACACCAGAAUUUUUUUUUCUACAUUUUAAAAAUAUUGUUCCUUUUUGGUGAUUGUCAACUAUUUUUAGAUCACUUUAAAACUUGGAAGAUACUUUUUCCAUAAUUAAGAAAUCCAAACUUUGUAAAUGCAAAUGAAGCUUAAAAGUAUUUUUUUCUCUCUAUUCUGGCACCAGUGUGCUUCUACACCAGUAUGUACUGUGUUCACCUUCUCAGAAAUGCAAAUAAAAUUUGAAUCUUUUACACUUA